AUGGUGAUAUCCCGCUCUCAUGAGGACGCGCGUCGGUUGCGUGGAAGGCUGAGGAUGGGCGACAACAGCAUCUCUCUACAGGACAAUGUGAACAUCCUUGGUGUGGAGGUGGACUCAAGGCUGCUCUUCGACCGUCACCUCGUAGAUGUAGCUCAAAAAGCGUCGCAGAAUGUGACAUUGUUGCGCCGUCUGAGACACCUCCUUGACGCCGAUGGGCUCCUGACCCUGUACAAGGCUCAGGUCAGGCCCAUCAUGGAGUACGCGCCGCUCACGUGGAUGUCCAGCGCUCGAAGCCACCUCACCCUGCUAGAUAAAGUGCAGAGGAGGGCAGAGCGCCUUAUCAGUAACGCCAGACAGCAGCACCUUCCACGACAACCGUGGCGGCAGCGACAACAACAACAGCAGCAGCAACAGCAGAGACAGGAGGACAGGCAGGUGCUGAGGGACACACUGGAUCACCGCCGGAAAGUGGCGGCGCUGACAGUGCUGCAUAAAGCGCAGAUCCAGAAUGUUCCUCACCUAGCGGACCUGAGAGCUACCUGGAGGAGAUCUGAGCGAAAUACGAGAACGGUAUUGAGCAACGACCUCCUCCUUGAGGCACCAAGGUCUCGCUCCAGCACCCACAAACGGGCCUUCUCUUCCGCCACUGUAGUGUGGUGGAAUGCUUUCACUGCUGUGGUGGACGUGCGACGUCUGUCCACACAGCAGAUGAAGGAGACCACACACAGAUGGUUACACACCCAGCCUCAUUAUAAUGUACAGUACAUGCUUUAA